AUGUCGGAAUUCAAGCUCAAGGGCCUCACCUCGCUGUCGCUCCAGCCUGGUGACAAGCAAGAGGUUGAAGUGGAAGGCAUCGACGAAGCCAAGGUUCUACUUGUCAAUGUCGGCGGAAAGAUCCAAGCACUUGGACCCAAAUGCACACACUUCGGUGCGCCUCUCAUCAAUGGUGUCAUGUCACACAAUGGAACGAUACGAUGUCCGUGGCAUGGUGCGUGUUUCAACGGCAAAACUGGUGACGUUGAGGAUGCUCCUGCUUUAGACGCUCUCCCGGUAUUCAAAGUGGCCGAGAAAGAUGGUGCGGUGUACGUGACAGGCGAGCAAGCGACCAUCAAGGCCGGCCGUAGAAAGCCCAACUUCAAGUGCAGUGCCAGCAACAGCUCCAACACGGACAAGAUUGUCGUGGUCGGUGGUGGCAGCGGAGCACUCGGCCUGGUCGAGGGACUCAGAGACAAGGGAUUCACGGGGCCCAUCAACAUGAUCACGAACGAAGGAGUUCUUCCCAUCGAUCGAACCAAGCUGUCCAAGGCGUUGAUGACCGACCCCAGCAAGCUGCAGUGGAGAGAUGAAGAAUGGUACAAGUCGGGCUCGGUCGAGGUAAUUCAAGACGAAGUCACCGACGUCGACCUGGAGAACAAGGCCGUUGUCACAAAAGGGGCAGGCAAAGUUCCUUACACCAAGUUGGUCUUAGCCACGGGUGGGACACCACGCAACCUACCCCUACAGGGCUUCAAAGUCUUGAGCAACAUAUUCCCUCUCCGCAGCGUCACGCACACCAAGCAGAUUGUUGAAGCUAUCGGCGAGAAAGGCAAGAAGAUCAUCAUCAUCGGUAGCAGUUUCAUCGGCAUGGAGGUUGCCAACGCAACGGCCAACGACAAUGCCGUCAGUGUAGUAGGCAUGGAAAGCGUGCCCCUCGAACGAGUCCUCGGCAAGGAGGUCGGCGCAGGCCUGCAGAAGGCCUUGGAGGCCAAAGGCGUCAAGUUCUACAUGUCGGCAAGUGUCGACAAGGCCGAGCCGUCAGGCUCUGACCCUUCGAAAGUCGGAGCUAUAUUCCUCAAGGAUGGGAACAAGUUGGACGCCGACUUGGUGAUUCUUGGUGUCGGCGUAUCCCCUGCCACCGAGUACCUACGAGAAAACAAGGUAGUUCGUCUCGAGGACGAUGGCUCGCUGAAAACGGACGAGAACUAUUCUGUCGUUGGUCUCAAAGACGUCUACGCAAUCGGAGAUAUUGCCUCGUUCCCGUACCGCGGCCCCGGCGGUGAGGGCAAAUACACCCGCAUUGAACACUGGAACGUAGCACAACAAUCUGGACGCGUUGUCGCGAACCACAUUGUCAACCCAACACGGCGAUCCGAGUUCUUCACCCCGGUCUUUUGGUCAGCGCUUUCAGCACAGUUGCGGUACUGCGGCAACACCGUCAACGGCUGGGACGACUUGGUUUUGCAAGGGAAGCCGGAGGAAAGCAAAUUCGUGGCCUACUACUGCAAGGGUGAGACCGUCGUCGCCAUGGCUUCGAUGGGUGCCGACCCUGCGAUGUCUCAGACGGCCGAAUUGAUGAAAUUAGGCAAGAUGCCCUCCAAGAGCGAACUGAGGGGGGGCCUCGACAUCCUCACCCUUUCUUUAGCAUGA